AGUUAUUUAGUAAAUCCUCAGUGACUUAAUUGUAAGUCACAACUUCCAAUAAACCAUGUGACAAAAUUCAUGAAAAUAGAGCCCUCUUUUGCAACUUUAAUUCAAAAUUUCUCAAAAUUGUGACGUGACGGAGGAAUAUUGGAAUUCAGCAUCCAAAAACUAUAAGAACCGACUAGUCUCGUUAUGGUUAAUUUUUUUUUGUCGAACAGUGUUAUAUAUCAUUAAACUAAUAAACGGCCCGAAAACUGUUUAAAAAUAUACGCGAUCUGCAAAUUGAUUCCUCGAGCGGAGACACGAGAAUAAGAACGCAACGGUAAUAAAAUGGGAUGAGAAAAUCGGGUGAGGGAGAGAGAUACUGAGAAAUAAGGGAAAUAGGAGGAAGAAACGAGCGAUCGGGACGACACUUUGAUCCAUGGAGAAUGAAAACGCGAAGUGCGAAUCCGAAAGAAAGAAAUCCACUCUUACGAGUUGCAAAAAUCCGCUCUGCCGUCGAAAAAAGCGCGAACAAGGAGAAACCGCGCGACACUCGUAAGUGGAGUCCCAGCGACUCCAAUAAGAAGCAAAGGAAACGGGGAAAAAUCCAAUUGAGGGUAGCCGCGACCUGGAGGAGAUCGAGAGGGCGAAAAAAAAUGAGGAGGAAGAAUCGGAGGAGCAUGACAAGCUUCGUUUAAAGGAAAAUUGUCGCGAAUAGCUGAGAGAAAUGCGAAGAUGAAUAACAUGAAGGAGGCGAGAAAAAUGUUUAGGGAAAAGAAUGGCUGACGGAAGCUCGGUCCGAGCAAAAAGGCGCGAACGAGAUUGGCGAAACACUUGGAAACACCUAAAUGCGAGUGUAGAGAGAAUCGGGGAGCGCCAUCGGGAGGAUAUAAGAGGCCGAAAGAGGGAUGAGUAGGAAGAAGGUGGAAAACCGGGGGUGAUGAGCGCGACAGGGAGAGAAAUCGAGUAGGCACCCGGAGAGGAAUCGAAGAAGAGACGCCACGUUAGUGGUAUGUCGCGGUAGAAGAAGGGGUGGCCGUACGUUGAGGGAGGUACCGGGGGUUGAAGUGACGUCACAACCGGGUCGAUACUCACUCAUACUACUCACCGCGGCGACACGGUAACCUCCCGGCGAUGGCGCACGCGCGCCUUUUACCCUUCUCACCGAGACUCGUACUCCGUUCCUGAACGCGCCGCUUCCCGCCAUAUUAGCCACCAUGGGGUAGGCGAGAAUGUGCGACAGGGGUGGCUCGGGGUGCUUCUUCUUCCGAAAGGAGGGCCGGGGGGAAGUGACAGACAUAAGCGCAAGUCCUGGGAGGCAGGCACCUGCCAACCAGUUGCGCCCCAAGGAACCACCCCCCAUGGUCAUUCAAGGAGAUUUCAGGAAGGUGAGCGGGAUCAGUACAGAGAUCUUCAAGCAGAUCGAGACUGUCGAAAACGAUCAUGAUGCUUCGACAGCGGCGGCCCUCGAAGCUGUCGAGCGGAGAGGCGAGAUGGUCGUGCGUGUCAUUGAGCCUCGGCAAAUGGGUAGACAGGCUUCCGAGGCGGCGAAAAAAUUUAUCGCCAUGCAGGAUCCCAAGCACCCUAUCCACUUUGUCGAGAUAAUCAAACGACCAGGACAGACUCUCGGUCUCUACAUACGCGAGGGCAAUGGCGUCGACAGGAACGACGGAGUUUUUAUUUCCAGGAUAGCUCUGGAGACCGCCGUCUACAAUAGCGGCUGCUUGAAGGUGGGCGAUGAGAUUCUGGCGGUGAACCUGGUCGACGUGACGCACAUGAGUCUGGACGACGUCGUCAUCAUCAUGUCGAUACCCAGGCGACUCGUCCUGGCCACGAGACACGGUCCACAUCAACCGGUUUCGCAUGUUCGCCAGUCCGAGCACAAGGCGCCACCCGUGGUAGUCAUCAAGAGGGAAUUGAACGAGGACGAGAAUGACCACGUGACGAGUAACCAUGUCAGAGAUGGCAGUAGCCGAAGACGAGGCGACGGACGCGAAAUGUUGCCGUCGCGAUCUCGACUCGGUCUCACGGGUUUGGGAUCAAGCCAGGACCUCGGCUCGAGCAACGGUGAUCUCUACUAUAAUUCACGGCCGGAGGGUCACUGGUCCUAUCAGCCGCCACCGCCGCCGGUUAUCACGCACCAGCCGAAACCUUCGUCGACGCAACACUUUCAACCGUACGAGCGCGGUUAUCCGAAAACGUUGGAGAGCUUAGCCGAGAAAGAUUUUACAAAGGUACACCCCUUCUACACGGGGCCCAUGAUGCCCUCAUCGAAUGGCCGACGUAUGUCGACGGGCGGCGGAAUGCAAUCAGUCGGCGGCAGACUGUCGGGUCAAACCGCGCAGUCGAGCCAUUACGGCUACAGCCAGCACACCGGAAGCGGAAGGAUCAUGCCGAGGAGCGGUUCCGACCAGCAUCUACCCCGAGUCGAUUACACGAGUAUCACGACGCCGGCGCGACAUACCCUUCUUAGAUCCAGUUUGAAAUCAGGUACAUCAGCGUUGCGUUACAACACGAGGUAUGGACAGACUGACAUAACGUCUGCCGCGCAGAGACAAGGACAAUUUGGCACCUUGACGAGGCGACACCGACCUUCGUUGGAUUAUGCCUCCGACACCGAGGCUACGUGCUCCAGCUCGCCGAAAUCAGCGUAUUACUAUUAUAGGCACAACAUGAACAAUCCGCCUCAAAGUAGCGUCGUAUCGCAUUUAGCUACUCUUUCGAGGUCACAAAUCGGUCAGAGUUCCUCAGGUUUAAGGUCAAACUCGUUACCACGAAGUGGUCGGACGUUGCCUCAGCAACCCGGUCUCAGAUCGGGCCUCAGCACGGUCGCAUCCGGACUGAUCGAUCAAGAGGAUAGCGACGGCGCUCUGUCAGCGCCGGAAUUGCCUUCCAUCAGGCGUGACAGAGGAAGGAUACCAUCCUCGCCGAGUGUAUUCACAUCGGAUGAGUAUCGCGCCUGGCUAAGUCGCACCCCGAGCACCAGCGCCCUGUACGAGCAGAUCAGGGCGACCACAAGUAGACCACCUCGUUACACAUACAGCGCCGAGAAUAUUCACGCAGCCGUCAAUCAGGGUGAUUAUGGCACUUAUGGGACGUACAGGCCGCUUUCGAGCACGCUCGAUCGCCUGUCGACGAGAUCGGCGUCGGCCCAACAGGUCAAUCUCGCGAAUCUCAGAGCAUCGACGGCGAUCAGCUCGUCGUGUCAUCGCGGUACAACGAAUCCAAGGCCAGCCUCGGUGGCGUCGAGCGCGCGCUCGUCGCUCGUGGGCCAGAAACCGUCGUUAACGAGCUCCGUGAGCCAACGCGCGACGUCAGUCAGGAGAAUUAGAAAUCUGUUGGACCUUGAAUCCACGAGGAGCAUACCUACCCCAACGCCUACCAGAACUCAGGGUCAAAUACUGCUAGAUAUUAAUCCUGCAGAGUUCCUCAAGUAUAAGAUAGAGAAGCCGCCGACUGUGGGCACUCCGAGCUCAACGAGCUCCCUUUUGAGUUCACUCGGGGAGACGACCGGUGGCGAUUUCGCGAGCGGAGUCAGCGGAUUAUUAUCGGUCCAUCUAUUAGCAGGACGAGGACUUCGAACGACUACGACCUCAUCGGCUGCCACUACACCUUCCACUCCUUCCGGUCAGCCGAACUUAGCUAGCUGUGGCUUGAGGGACUUGUACUGCGUACUGGAAUGCGAUAGGGUACACAAAGCACGAACAGUAGUGCGAACCGGCGAUUUAAUGUUCGACUGGGACGAGACCUUCGAGCUGGAUCUCGUAGGCAAUAGGCAGCUGGAUCUGCUCGUUUACUCUUGGGACCCACAGUACAGGCAUAAACUCUGUUACAAGGGAUCGGUGCAUUUAGCGAGUCUGCUGAAGGAGUCGCCGGAGCAUCAGCUGGCUGUCAAAGUUGAACCGCGCGGCACAAUCUACUUGAAAUUGCGAUACACCGACGCUCAACAAACUUUCCGUCGAAGAGGUCUACCAGUCAUAUCUUUAGCUACGAGAGUCGCGCCUCUUUUCGGAGUUGAUCUGGAUACAGUAGUAAGUCGAGAAACUAAGACUGGCGGAGUUCCCGGUGGAGUUUCCACGGCUUUGGCGAUGGGAGUCCCGAACAUUCCGAUUAUCGUGUGGCGUUGUGUCGAGGAGGUGGAGAGAAGAGGGCUCGAUAUCAUCGGUUUAUACAGACUCUGCGGUUCGGCGACCAAGAAGAGGAUACUUAGGGAAGCUUUCGAAAGGAACGCACGCUCCGUGAAUCUGUCGCCCGACAACGUGCCGGAUAUCAAUGUCAUCACUGGCGUUCUGAAGGAUUAUUUACGAGAACUUCCGGAACCUCUCUUCACGAAGUGCCUCUACCAAAUGAUGGUCGAUGCACUGGCCGUCUGUUUGCCGGACGACCCGCAGGGCAACGCUAAGCUUAUGUUCAGUAUACUAGAUUGUCUGCCUAAGGUCAAUAGGUGCACGUUGAUUUACUUGCUGGAUCAUCUGGCGAUGGUGGUAUCGCAGUGCAAUAAAAUGUCACCAGCAAGUCUCGCCGUUUGCUUCGGCCCGGUGUUAAUGUUGCAUUCGGACGAAAGCGGACCCCCGCUCGAUUUCCAACAACCGAUAGCCGUACUGAAAUAUUUGCUGGAGAUUUGGCCGGUCAAGUCAGUUCGGAAGACUUCUUCAGUCGGUUCAACACUUCCUCGAGUUAUGCCAGCAGUCGAGCGCAGCAGCAGUCAGCAGCAUCUGCAACAGGCGCAGCAGUUGGUGCAGCAACAGUUGCAGGCGCAACUACAGGGAACAUUGGGACGCACAGGGCUGCCUUGGCAGCAGCCACCCUCGCUUCAUCAUCAACCCCAAACUACGGCAGCCGCAGUCCUCGGACCCUCCAUUCGUCCUCCACCACCGGUCAAGCCUCGACAGGUGAUAGUCUCGUCUCCCGGUUCACCUAGCAGCGAGGAGUCCGAGGCCUCGCCGGAGCCGAUUAACAAGAGCCUGCUGGGGAAUUUAGGAUACGAGAAGAGCGACGAGACGACGACGACGACGACGACGACGACGUCGAGCGCGUCGGCCGGGAUCAGCGUCGGCGUCGGCGCCGGUGCUGGCGUCGAGCAAAUCACACCGACGAGCAGCGUCGACACCGAAGAGGGCAAUCCUCACCAUCCCGAAGAGGGCGAAAAAGGCGUCGAGGGCGACGUCGAGGCGAGCGACGACGAUCGGCACCAGCACAUACCGAAAACGCAUUAAUAAUCGAGCGAUGAAACGCAGUGAGUAACGAAGAAGAAGCUGCUUCGUGCUCUCCUUUUACGUACUAUUGCUUCGGCCAUCGAAGCCGGACGUACGAGUCGAUCUAAAAUUCAAAACGGAAUUAUUACACGAAUUAGAUUAAUUUCACGAGCAAGAUUCGUCCUGUAAAUGUUCUCGGAUUAAUCGCUUAGUUGUAUAUAUAUAGAUGGAAAACAUGUCAAAUGUCAUCUCGAUCUGUGUUGCACGGUGCUAUACUAAAUACUCGAGUGUUGAUUCGUAAGAAUCCUUGUUGCACGUUUAGAUCGAGAGCUAUCGCGCUAUUUAUUGAUUUUAGUCAAUUGUGUUGGGGGUAUGGUUGCUUGCGAGAAGGAUUUGUUAAAGUUAAACGAAAAGGGAACAAAAAAGAAGAAGCAGAAGUAACCUCGUUUAAUCGGUUUAUGCUAUAGCGAAAUUAAAACUAAUGAUUAAAUUUGUCUUGUUUUUAAUCGAAAUUGAGUUGCGUAAAGAGAUGAUAAAAAGUACGAAGAUUUAUAUUGUUAAAAAUAUAUAUGAAACGCGCGAUAACGCAUUACUGGGAACGAAGCUAUCGAGGUGCUACGACUGUUACCUACUGUUAGACACAGAUAUUCGUUCUGCCAGAGGCAACAAUAGCCCGAUGAAUAAUAAUGCUAAAACAAGUUCCGUAACUAGUUGAGGAGGGUAUAUUUUAGAAAGCGGCUGCUGGGAAAGCAAUUUCAACAACCGAACACGUUUCAGUCCUCCACACAUUAUGCAAAUUUCUUCGAAUAAUGGCUUUCCGAGUCAUGAUCUCUCAAAGCAGAUGGAGAUGGAUUGCAAAUAAAUGCAUCGCAUUGCUCUUUUCCGGGAGAUUACAUAAAGAUGAGGAAGAAAGGAAGGAAGAAAAGUGACAGGGACGAGGUUAUGUCCCUCCGCGAUCGUCAUCGUCGGCAUCUCACCAUCAUCUCAACAUAGACACACAAAAUGAUACACAACACACAGCUGACUUAAGCGAGCAAACCGGUCAACGAGGAUGCGCACGUGGCAUACAUAUAAUAAUCAGUUUAUAUGCGAAAUAUAUACUAUAUAUAUAUAAAUAUACAUAUAUAUAUAUACAUAUUAUAUAUACAUACGUAGACUAGUCACGAUAUUACGUGUGCUUUUGAUAAAAAACUAUUACUUGUAGCGUUAACUAGCUCUCGUAUACAGAAACAAAAGGAUAAACAUGAACAAAUCGACAAACAAACAAAAUAAACAAACAACUAAACUAGACGAUAUACAUAAUAUACAUAUAUAUAUAAAGAUGUUAUAUAUAUACGUUGAAGAGUGCGAGGAAGACACACACGACUGUGUUUCAACAUGUCGACAAUAGAACGCAUAGGGAUCGUUUUGGACAUGUUUGCAUUCAAGGGUAUAUAUAUCGGAUAAUCAACUGGCUAUUGUAUAUCGAUAUCGUGUCGAUUGAUUGUCCGAGAUUAGAUCGAAAACGUAGAAGCAGGAGAAAGAAUGGGUUAUCGCGAGAGAAACUGACCGAAAAUGAUAAUAAUUACGAGUAAACAAAGAAAAAAUGCUACGAUUAAUUAACUAUACUUUUAAAAAGAAAACGUAAAAAAUAGCCAGUAUUAUUAUACGUCUAAAGCCGUAAAAUGAUGAUCGCGCGAAAGAAAAAGUGCGAAUGAAAGAAUGAAAGGGAGAGCAAGAGCGGAGAGAUGUGCGAAUAGUUCUAACAUUUAACAAAAAAUAUAACAAACGAUUUUAAAGAAGACGAGACAAACGGAUGAUUAAAUCGUAGACAUGCAAAUGUCGUUCUUGUCAUAGUAUAGACAUUAAUAGUAGCGACACUCCGUAAUUAUUUUGGAGUCUGAUUUUCAUUGCGCAUGUCAUAGCCGCCAUGUUGUUAGCCGAAACAUAUGCACAGUGACAUAACCUACUCGGACGCAUAUGUUUUGUAUUGUGACAAGUUAGAUGAUGAGUUGAGCACGCGAACCCACUAACUUUUUACAAAAAAUUUAUUAUAUAACGAGUAAAAUGAGUGCGAGGGCGUAUAUUGUGCUGCCACAAAUUGUCCGAAUCGCGGGAAGAACGCCACCAUUUUAGUCUAACAAUAUGGCGGUUGGUCUCAAGGUCAAAAAUUGAGUACAUGAAGAUCAAAGGUACCGCUAUGUACUGUCGCUACUAUUAAAUGUCUAUACUAUGCCCUUGUUGAGAACAAUCGGGCGACGAUAUGAGAGAUUCGCACUACGAAUUCGGGACGAAGCCACGAGCGGAUCGCGAUCCGCCUGUCAUCGCCAUAAUUAAUUAAUUCAUCACCGUCGCCGUCAUUAAAACCGUCGUUCGAUCUCGCGGUUACUCGUGGUUUGGUUCGCAAACAUAAAAAAAAAAAA